UAGUCUUCUCGGUUCUACAGUGAGCGAAUCGAGACAACGCCAGAAUGGACAUGAAGAAGAACAGAGAAGCAAUUGAUGGUAUGGAGCGAACGGAGGAUCUCGAGCACGCGGAGGGCGACCCCAAUGAUUAUCGUUGCGGAGUGUUUUCAUGGAGGCCUGGAUAUUUGCAACAGUUCGCGCGACCGAUAUACUUCACGCUCGUGUACAUGCUCUAUGGAAUCUUCCAGGGCGCGAUGAAAACCGGGCUCAACUCCUCUAUGACAACCAUAGAACGUAAAUUCGGAAUGUCGGGGAAGCAGAUAUCAGUGGUAAUGAUCAUGGACAACAUUACUGGCACCUUGGCGAGUUUGAUCGUGGGAUAUUAUGCUACGAAGAUUUCUCGGCCGAAAAUUUUGGUGUUCGGAGUGUGGAUGUCGAUUCUCGGCUGCAUCUUCUUCGUGCUGCCGCAUGUCAUCUACGGUGGACUUGGUGUUAAUACAAAUCUGCUCAAAACGUCCACCGCACGUGUCAACAAAGGACAUUUCACGGAGUUCUGCAAUCAAGCAAAGGAGCAGAACUUGAACGAUUCCUUCGUCUUGAAUGCCCCUCCUGCUUUGGGAGAGACGCGGUCGGUCGCGCUUCCAGUGCAAAUUCUACUUUCCAUUGGGAAUAUGGUUAAUGGAAUCGGUGGCACUGCUUUCUACAUCGCUGGAGUAACUUACACGGACGACAAUGUCAAGAAGAAAAAUUCACCCAUCUACUUUGGCGUGAUAAUGUCCCUCAGGAUGAUCGGACCGCUUCUGGGCGUUAUAAUCAACUCAUACUUUUUGACUUUGAAUGAACACCCCUUCAGUCCACCAUCAGGAAUGAGCAGUCGCGACCCUCGUUGGAUCGGAGCGUGGUGGUUGCCCUUCGCCGGCUGGGGUGUCUUGAUGACUCUCGUUUCCUUACCGCUUCUCUUGUUCCCGAGGAACAUCCGUCGAGCCCCCGAUCAAGUCAGACGCCCCGCGCGAAUUCCCGGCACGACGGUGAAACCCCUUCCAAGAUCUCUCCGGGAUAAGAUCGUAGACGAUAUCAAGGAUUUCGGCAGAGGCCUGAAACGCCUUUCCAAGAACAAGAUCUACAUGUGGAAGUGCAUCGGCCUUGUCUUCAUCAUGAAUGGACUCGGGGGCCAGGUUAUGAACUUGCCGAAAUACAUAGAGACGCAGUACCGAGUUUCAGCUGCGAAAGCCAGUCUCUUGACCGGAUCAACGAAGGUUCUAGCCAUGAUUCUAGCGAUGAUAUUGGGUGGUUUCGCGAUGCGAAUUUUCAGACCAUCAGCUCGCGCUAUCUGCUUAUGGGCGGUCGCGUUCGAUAUCGUGAACAUUGCGACGAUCAUAACGGCCAUAUAUCUGCCGUGUGACAAUUGGAAACUCGGUGGGACGUCGUAUAUGGCGGACGGAAGCCUGUCAUUAACUUCUCAAUGCAACGAAAUCUGUGGCUGCUCGAAUAAGUUCCAACCCUUCUGCGACCGGGCAAUGGACCAAUCAUAUUUCUCUCCCUGCCACGGAGGAUGUUUCGGCUCAAAUCUGACCAGCAUGGAUUGCCAAUGUCUCGACCCACCGAGUGGUAGUGAAUCGUACACAAUCACCGACGCUGCUAGAUAUGUCGGUGGGUUUUGUCGGAACGAUUGCAGUAACCUGGCCGUUUUCAUAAUCAUAACAACCGCCGCGAAGUUUCUGUGCACUCUACCGAGAGUGGGGAGCAUGCUCGUCAGUUUGAGAUGUGUGGAUCCCGCUGACAAAGCGCUCGCUAUGGGCUUCACAGGUUUCGUCCUAAACAUCUUCGGAGCUCUGCCUUACCCACUCAUCUACGGGGCGCUGUUCGACUCAACUUGUCUCGUGUGGGGUGGUCGAGGCGGUAAACACGGAAACUGUUGGUACUACGACAAUGAUCUGUUACGACAGCGUUUCCUGGGUUUGACUGUUUUCUUCUACGGUUUGGCGGUCGGCUGUUAUAUCAUGAUGAGCUACUACGCCAAAGACGUCAAAAACUUGUACGAGGAAGAAAAAGUCGAAGUCAAAAAAGAUGUCAACCCGUAUCCGGAAACAGAGCUCAUGGCCCCGAAACAGAACAGGCCUUGAAAUAAUUUUCAGGAAUCGUUCUUGAAUUUCCUUCAUCUAUAGGGGGACCACGGUUCCUCUGCAGAUGAUAUUCGCGAUUGUGAUACCUUCGCCUUGUAAAUUUUCUAAAAGCGAAACAAAAGGCCAUCAGACGUCAUAGGCUUGCUUCAUGCA